AUGGAUUUACAACAGUUCAACCAGUUGGUGGUGCACAUGCAGUCGUCCGAUAAUACGGAACGAAGUGAAGCGGAGAAAAUCUAUACGGAAAUGGAACUAGCUCCGAAAGCUUCAUUACUGUUCUCAUUAUACUGCACUGCUGAUGCCCCAGUUGAGCUAAUCAACACCGUUAUGGUCGAAUCUGAUUCGCGGCUCAGGAAAAAAUUACUUGCAGUAGUUGCAGAAGUUGCCCGCAAUACGGUUGACGAGGAUACGGGUAAACAAAAUUGGGCCGAGGUGCUCCAGUUCCUAGAGCACUGUAUGGCCAGCGAGAACGUCACCGAGGUCGAGUUUGUUGCAGUGUUACUCGAGUAA